GGUUUAUUCUGCACAGUUUACCAGCGGUGAGAUUACAGCUUUGAACUUCUUAAAAACAAAACAAAAACAAAACAAAAAAACUUUACUUUAGACAGUCACGACAGCAUGGGAUUUUCUGUGCAGCUAAAACUCAAGAUUUGAAGUAGAAACAAACAACAACAUUUAAACAAAGCAUUGAAACUUAUCCAGUGAACCAGAUUUUAAAAUGGAGUCUUAUGGAGUUGGUGACGUUCCAAAUAACAGAAUGCAACAGGAUUGUUUGCACUUUGACCAUACUGGGAGAUCCCAAAUCGACAGAGCUGGGACUUACGGUGUCAGUAUCCGGGUUCAGGGAAUUGAUGGACAUCCUUACGUUGUACUUAAUAACCGGAAUGGACAGUCGGCACCAAACGAUUCUUCAUCUGAAAAUGGAUAUUCUGAUAGUUCUAAAGACAGGCCGUUUUUGGAUAAUGACGAUGAACACGACUUUAAAGGGAGAAAUACUGAUGAGAUUCCACGUCCAGAGAACCCUUUUGUGGAAUACAGAUCCCAAAAGCAGAUGCAGUUGAGUGGUUCACAGAAUGGCAUCCCAGAAUUUAAAGAAUUGUCAAGAAAGUCAUCUGCCUUGUUGAAUUUUCAGAGGCACCCUGAACUCUUAGAACCUUAUGAUCCUCAAAAGAACACUUUGAAUUUGGGUGGCAAUCAUGCGCUUCCAGCGAAAACAUCUGCUGUUACUGAAACAGAAAACAAGGAGAACAAGCAUUGGAGUUCCUUGUCUAGGUCAUCCUUCCCAGUAAAUGUUCAGGUUGGAUCUAGAAUUCCAGACAAACCUAAGCCGGAGAAAAAUGGUGUACUCAACUCUACACCUCCUCCAUACCAAGAGAAGCCUGCAUCAAGGCCUCCCAGUGUUGCUAAUGAACCAGUUAAGCUCCCUAUUGGAUCUUCGAGUAGUGUCGGCAGCACUAAUUCCAGCCUAGAACACAGAAGGCCGAGACCUGACAUUGUUCCUCUUCGUAGACAGGACUCAAGUGGACCAGUGUUGGAGACCUCAAGGUCGAGAAGAUCUUCUGCUUCAUCAACCUCUAUCGGUUCCUUACAAAAUAAAUUGCGUCUGGAAGACCAGGAAGAUGCUCUCUAUGCGGAAAACGUGAACAGACAUGGGAACAGAAGAUACAUUCCAUUUCUGCCUGGCACGGGACGUGACAUUGACACAGGGUCCAUCCCUGCUGUGGAUGAUCUCAUAGACAGAUUUGAUGGGAAGGAGAGUCAACAAAGAAGAGGGAGGUCAGGAAGGAGGAACAGGAUCAACGCAGAAGAUCGCAAGAGGUCCAGAAGUGUGGAUAGUGCUUUGCCUUUUGGCCUUCGAGGAGAUUCAGAUUACAUGGAUGACUUUAGUAGAAAUCAAGGCAGGUCAACUGAACACUUACUUAAACCUUCCCAGCUACGUAAACAUAAGUCUUCUCCUGAAGACUCCAGCAUUCCCUCCAAGGAGAGGCAGUCUGGUAAUCCUGCAAAUUCAUCUGGCAGCCUUUGUGGGUUUAAUGACAAAAACCAGGAAGAGUGGCACAGCAGUCCUAGUUCAUUAAAUGGCCAGGAGAGAAUAAGUUUAAACGGAAGCUCAACAUAUGGUGGCAAUAAGACUUUUUUAAGUAGAUCUUCUACAUUGCUAAUGCCCUAUAAUGGCAAGGGAACUGAAGAAAAAACUGAGAGGUCUGGAAAAAUACUGACCAGCACAGCCACCACAUCUCUUUCCAAAUCUAGCUGGAGCUCGGUUAAAAAACCUUCUUCACAACGGGAUAUACAGGCAACCCCUGAUCUUCUUCUGAAAGCUCAGCAGGCACUUUCACAACAAACUAAUGAAGAGACUGCGAAACAAAUCUUGUUUAAUUACCUCAAGGAUGGGAGUACUGAUAAUGAUGACACCACCAAGAAGAAGGUCAACCUAGUUUUUGAGAAAAUCCAGACUUUAAAGUCUAGAGCUGCAGGGAGUGUGCAAGCGGACAACAAAUCCCCUGAUUCCUCGGCUGAAAUGAUAGCACUGCAGGAGAAGCAAAUGGAGCUGGAGAAACAGGUCACUGAGCUGAAAAGAGAACUAGAGCAAGAAACAAAGAAUCAGCAGAGCCUUACAGAGUCCAAUGUGAUGACCAAAGAAAACAUGAAGGAACUUCAAAAGAAUCUGGAGGAAAGUUUGCAAGAAAGCAAUCGACUUCGAGAACAGUUAGCAAAGGCAGAAAAAGAGCAUCGCGCUACCCUUGAAGAAUUGUAUCAGGUAAAAAUGGAGCAGGAGCAGCAUCAGAAUGAAAUCCGGGACCUGCAGGAUCAGCUGUCUGAAAUGCAUGACGAGCUGGAUGGUGCAAAGCAAGCCAGGGCUGAGGACGAAGAGAAGGAUGCUCUUACCAAGGACCUGUUGCAAUUGAAACAAGAUUUCCAGGAGAUCAUGCUGUUUAAGGAAGAGCAGGAGGAUAUGUUGAGGAGAAGAGAACGUGAGCUGAUGGCCCUCAAAGGGGCCUUGAAGGAAGAGGUGUCCAGUCAUGACCAGGAGGUGGACAAACUCAAAGAGCAAUAUGACAAGGAGCUACAAAAACUAAGGACCUCGCUGGCAGAAGCAACGCAGAACAGCGUUUCCCUGUCGAGUGAAAAGGUUGCGUCAGAUGAGUUGAAGAACGCUGCUCAGAACCAGGCUAAGCAGCUGAUGGAUGAGAACGAGAGGCUGAGGAGAAAGAUUCUCACGCUGGAGGCGGAAGUUGCAGAGCUCAACAAAAUCAUUGACAAGAUGAAGAGGGAAGAAAGCUGUGCAAAGGAAAAGAUGGGCAGACUCGAGAAAGAGAAGAAAGAGUUGGAAGAAGCACUGGUAGAAGUUAAAGACCAAGAGGAGGAGUUGUCCAUGGCCAAUAGAGUAUUGGAGAGCCGCUUGGAGGACGUGCAGAGAAGCCUUAGCAAAAUGACUCGCGAGCACCAAGAACUGAGUGAGAGAUUAAAGGAGGAGAAAAGUCAGAAGGAGCAGUUUAAGAGAACCAAGAAUGAGGUAGAGGAUGAGAGGAGGCAUCUGGACAGAACUAUUGAGAAACUUCAGAAGGAGAUGAAUGAGAUAGCAGAGGCUUCACAGAGGUCCACACUCGAUCUGCAGGUCCAAAUCGAUGAGUACAAGGAAAAGAACCGCAAGGAGAUGACUGAUUUGCAAAGACAGCUGAGAGACAAGAGUGCAGAGCUGGAGAAGUCUCGCCUGGCAACCAAGAAGCUGCAGGAUGAGAUGUCUAUCCUGGCAGAAGAUUUAAAACAGUGUAAGACAGAGAGAGAUGAGGCGAUUUUCAGAGGACAGCACUUGGAACAAAAGGUUUACGACCUGGAAGUCGAAAUGGAGAACAAAUCCCACGUCAAAGAUGACCGAUCACGACAAAUAAAACUAAUGGAGGGCAAAAUAUCCCAGUUAGAAACUGACCUGGAAGAGGAGAGGAACAGUGGGGAUCUGCUGAUGGACAGAGUAGACCGGGGAAGAGAACAGUUGGAGCAGAUGAGGAAUGAACUUCUGCAGGAGAGAGCUGCGAGACAGGACCUGGAGUGUGACAAGACCUCACUGGAGAGACAGAACAAAGAUCUGAGGAGCAGAGUGGCACAUCUUGAAGGUUUCCAGAGAUCCAACAAGGAUGGAGUUGUAUCUCAGCUGGAGUCCAGAGUUCAUGAACUGGAAGACCGGUUAGAAGGGGAAGAAAGGGAAAGGGCUAAUCUCCAGUUAACCAAUCGAAGGCUGGAAUGGAGAGUCAAGGAGUUGAUGAUGCAAGUGGAUGAUGAGCACACCUCGCUGACUGACCAGAAAGAUCAGCUGCAACUGCGUUUGAAAGCUAUGAAACGGCAGCUGGAUGAGGCAGAGGAGGAAAUCGAGAGACUGGAACACGGCAAGAAGAAGCUGCAGAGGGAUCUAGACGAGCAAACUGAACUCCAUGAUCAACUACAGGGGCAGCUCAAUACACUUCGGAACGAAAUGAGACGAAAAAACACAUCCUCAAAUGUUCUAGGUGACCUUGACGAUGACGAGGAUGAUGAUUUAAGUAUUGAUGGAGAGAGUUUCCGUGGCGCUUCUACGGGAUAUGCUGCCUUAUGAAAACCUCCUGUUCUGAAUGUUUUCUCUCGCUGUAGAAUCUCUCUCUACAGCGGGAUACAAUGUAGAAGAAAAUACUGAGCAGUUAAUAUUUAAACACACAAACACACACACACACACACACACAGGGAUGCUCCAGAAGCACGUUGACAAAAUUUGCCUCCCGAUUGUUAUGAUCGGACAUCUGAAAAAUCCACUCCAACACGCUUUCAAAUGAUGCAUUUAAAUCCAGAUUGUAAGAGCACAGCCAUUUUCCACAUUGAGCAGGUCAUUGUAACUUUUCUUUAACUAGAGUUCUUUACAAAAAAUGUUGGCAAGUCUAGUCUCUUUCCCUCUGACAGUAGGCAUUGUUCAUGCAAUUCCCUAUACUUCCCUAUAUUUCAUUAUGUAAUUUUCUGUGGGAUUUUUUUUUUUAAAGUUAAUAUUACCCCUAACUUGUAUGCUGCCAGUGUUCUUUUAGCCUUAAACUGAUUUGUAAGGAACCUGUUCUUAUUUGUGUGUCAUUAUAGAAGAAGAAAAUAUAUUGUGCAUCAAUGACUGCAAAUGAAGGCUUUUUUUAAUGAAGGGAAAUUGGCUUGUGGGAUCGUAGGUAAUAGGUGUUUCUUUUUAAAGUUUUUCUUAAGUUGUAUGGUUUAAAUAUAAAGCUUUUUUUUAAAUGAUGAACUGCAUAGCCAGGUGUGUAAAAUGAAAAUGAAAUGUAAAGUUUUUUUUUUUUUUUUUUUUAAGUUUGUAUUCAGAUUUAUAAAUUACAGGACCAAACAGAUGUUUUUGUUUAUUUCAUCAAAUCCCUCUAUACUAUAUUGUGUGUGCCAUUUUAAUGCAGCAUUUAUUUUAUGUUUACUGCAAUUGUGGCUUUAUAAAAUUUAAUGCAGUUAACAAUAUAGGUUUUAUAUGUUACGCUUCAAUUUCGUGAUUAUUACGUUGCAGCUUUUUAUGGACAUAUAUCAUCUUUAAUGAUUUAACUGAUCCUGAAUAUUCAUCGUUGCAGGCAUCUCCUUUUUCUUCAAGUCACAUACAUAUUUAAAAGUGAUUUCAUUUGUAGAAUUUUGCAUUGUCUUCUAGACUGUCUAAAAUCACAGGAUUGAGUGGUGUAUGAGGGGAAAUCAGUGUUGAUUUUAGACACAAAGUGAGUAACUUAGAAACCAUAGUGUUGGCAAAUACAGCAACAUCAUUUUAAAAAUGAUUACACAUUGAAAUGCGUUGACUGCACAGCAUUGUGUUGACAAUCGCUAAACUGUACCAUGCCAUGACGCAAUGCACGGUUUUGCAUAUUCUGCUCCCCUUUAGCACUGAUGGUAUUCCAGUUGCAAAGGUGACUGCUUUGCCUGCUGCUGCCCCUCAAGCUAUUGGGGAUGGGUCAAAAUAAUUCUACUGCUACCUCUCCCUGUACUGUAUAGCAGGAAGUCAUUUUAAGUAAAGGAUUAUUAGUUUAACCCUCA